AUGCACAUGCGAAUUCACACAGGUGAGAAGCCACAUUGUUGUAGCACAUGUGGGAAAAGAUUUACUCAGAAGGGUCAUUUGAAGAUUCACAUGCAAAUUCACACAGGUGAGAAGCCACAUUCUUGUAGCACCUGUGGGAUAAGGUUUACUCGGAAGGCUAACUUGAAGAGACACAUGCAAAUUCACACAGGUGAGAAGCCACAUUGCUGUAGCACCUGUGGGAAAAGAUUUAAUGUAAAAUCAAAUUUGAAAGCACACAUGCGAGUUCACACACGUGAGAAGCCAAAGUCUUGUAGCACCUGUGGGAAAAGAUUUACUGACAAGAGUCAGUUGAAGAGUCACAUGCAAAUUCACACAGGUGAGAAGGCAUAUUGCUGUAGUACCUGUGGGAAAAAAUUUCAUGUAAAAUCAAAUUUGAAAACACACAUGCGAAUUCACACAGGUGAGAAGCCACAUCCUUGUAGCACCUGUGGGAAAAGAUUUACUCAGAAGGCUAACUUGAAGAGACACAUGCAAAUUCACACAGGUGAGAAGCCACAUUCUUGUAGCACCUGUGGGAAAAGAUUUACUAGGAAGGGUCAGUUGAAGAGACACAUGCAAAUUCACACAGGUGAGAAGCCACAUUCUUGUAGCACCUGUGGGAAAAGAUUUACUCAGAAGGGACAGUUGAAAAGUCACGUGCAAAUUCACACAGGUGAGAAGCCACAUUCUUGUAGCACCUGUGGGAAAAGAUUUACUCUGAAGGGUUACUUGAAUAUGCACAUGCGAAUUCACACAGGUGAGAAGCCACAUUCUUGUAGCACCUGUGGGAAAAGAUUUACUCUGAAGGGUCACUUGAAUAUGCACAUGCGAAUUCACACAGGUGAGAAGCCACAUUGCUGUAGCACCUGUGGGAAAAGAUUUACUCAGAAGGGUCCGUUGAAGAGACACAUGAAAAUUCACACAGGUGAGAAGCCACAUUCUGUAUUACUUUAG